GCGUACACACUAAAUACACAGUUCAGCCUCCUUGUGGAGAGUUGCAUGUCACGUAUCAUGUCAGCAAGAUCAAAGCUGGACGCUUGCAUUAAGGGGCUUGAGGACAGCCUAGGCGCACCGGCAGCUUUGGAGGACAGCAUCGGUGGCGUCCCCUCCGCAACAGGACCAGCGACAGCGCUACAACUUGUAGAUAGCACCAUCGCCACCCUCGAGGCGUCUCUCGGUUUGCCUCCAGGAGCCGUUCUUCCUCUCGCCGAUGCUAAGGGCAUUGCGGGAGGAAAUACGAAGCAUCCCACGAAGGCAAAAGAAGGCGUCAAUAAAGGGGAGAGAAAGAAGGCCAGCAAAGCUGCUUCAACCGCUGGAGUUUCAUCGGCGGAUCAGCCCGAUGGAACGAAGGUCGACCUGCGGGUGGGGCAAAUCACUCGAGUCUGGACGCACGAGACGGCCGAUAAGCUAUACUGCGAGGAGAUUGACGUUGGAGAAGGAGCUCCUCGAAACAUUGCUAGCGGGCUCGUUCCGCACUACUCCCUCGAGGAGAUGAAGGGAAGAAAGGUUAUCGUCAUGUGUAACCUGAAGCCGCGCAACCUGAAGGGGUUCAAGAGCCAGGGAAUGGUGGUGUGCGCCGUCGGCGCACUUAGCGACGGCAAGGAACUUGUCGAGCUUGUGGUUCCGCCGGAGGGAUCUGCUGUGGGAGAGAGGCUUUCUUUCGAAGGACUUGUGGGCGGGCCCUUCGAGCCCGUUUCCGCGGCACAGAUGGAGAAGAAGAAAGUAUUGGACAUCAUUCUUCCGGAACUCACCACGGAUGUGGAAGGCACGGUAAGGUGGCGAGACCACGCGUUGGUGUCCUCUUGCGGUGCGUGCACGGCCCCUACCGUCCGUGACGGCGCCGUCCGCUGAAUAAACGCUUUUUGGCGACUUGACAAAGUGUUUUUCUGCCCGUGUAAGCUCUGUGAGAAGGGUAGUACCCGUGUGGGCACCUUGUGGCUUUCGCGUUUUUUGACCCAACCGCGCCUAGACCACGAUCACCAGCGUAAACGCUGAUGAUUUCGGCGUGAGGUGUGGGUUGCGCUGCUGACGCAUGUAGUUGGGCGGCGACUUCAAUGAGGCGCCUGGAAGCUCCCCGAGAGGUCAGUUCCGGUAGCACGUGUAGUACGCGUAUCCGAAGGGUUGCAGCUCGCGAAAACAGCCGUGUGAAUCGCUCGGGGCCCGGAGCUCUCUUACAGCGGCGAUGUGCUCGGCAAUAGGGCGGUACUUAUAGGCGAACUCUGUUGUCGCGAAGGCACUUGGGGGAUUUCGAACGCGCAUGGUCCGUCCCAGGUUGGAGAUGUCGGUGGAGGAGCUGUGGAGGAGCGGGUGGCUUGUUUGUCGAUUUUUCGUUCCGCGCUCCAUGUUCCCUCAUUUGUGCGCGUGGAACACAUCAUCGAGUUACACCCCAGAAGGCCAUCAAUACCCUUGAGCUAUAUAGCAUCCGCGGCCGCAGGCACACCCGAUGUGGAACAGCAGAGACGCAGGGUUUCUUGCUCGCAAUGCAAUUUCUACCGUCUAUUUUCGCCCCUAUUGGUACCGUAUCGGACU